AUGUCUGACGAACGAACUGUAUCACAGGGCCAGGCCUCCAGCUCUGGCGGAAGAAACAGAGUGGUCAAUUCAGUGCAGGCCAAGGCCCAGGAAGUCUUGCAAGAGGACUACGAUAAGGCGAGAGGUCUGGUCGCUGAUGCUGCCAAGAGCAAGGCUUACCUGUACCCCAUCAAGGGAAUCAUCUACUUCGCAACCCACCGAACGCUGUGGAAGCCCCUCCUGUCGCGCAUCGGAUCCUACCUGCUCCUGUCUGCUGGUGUCGUCACCGGCAUGUUCGUCUUCACCUACGUGCCACAACUUGCCCUCCUCGUUUUCGUCAACGGUCCCCUGGCCGUGUUCACUACCGUCCUCUUGAUCCUGAACGAGAGCUCGGCAAUCAUCAACUUCCUCUCAAGAUCCUUCCUACUCCAAGACGCGAUUCUGGACACCUUUGACGGCACUCUUCUUCUCAGAGAUGAGGACGGUAUUGUGAGGGAGGGCAGACAGCUCCGGCCCGGAUCUGACCCCAUGCAGAAGCUGGGCAAGGUUCUCAAGAGCCCCUUUGCGAAAUACAGCCCCAAGGCUCUGAUCAGAUACCUCAUCUACCUUCCCUUGAACUUUAUUCCCGUUGUGGGGACCGUCAUCUUCAUCUCUCUUCAGGGCAAGCUUCUCCAAUCGCUUUCGGCUCGCGGCAGAGGCCAAGCCGUCCACGGCCGUUACUUUCAACUGAAGAACUGGUCGUCUUCCAGAAGAGCCGACUGGCUCAAGAGACACUCCGGACCUUACACUGCGUUCGGCUUAGUCGCGACCGCCCUUGAGAUGAUCCCCUUCGCCAGUGUGCUGUUCACAUUCACCAACGCUGUUGGUGCUGCUCUAUGGGCCGCCGAUAUCGAGGCCAAGAAUACCUCUAUGACCGACAGCACAGCUCCCACGCUUCGAGAGACGGCACAAAAGGCCGAGUAA